AAGGGGAGAAUAACGUCCCCGGUGCAAGGCUUCACGGAAGACUUCAUAUAUAUAUAUACGAAAUAUACAUAUCUAUAUCUAUAAGUGUAGAUAUAGAUCUAUUUUUCUCUCUGUUUUGGGGGAUUUUUUGGGAAUAUUUGCUUCAUCAGUGCAAGCUCCUCCUAGGGACACCCCGGUGUGGCGGUAUCCCUUCGCGAUGCAAAGAUGGCGCCCCUGCUCCCUCGCCGAGGCACCGACGCUUUCCGCCGCUUCACCCAGGAAUCGCUGGCGGAGAUCGAGAGGCUCAAGGCGGAAAGCGCCGAUGCAGCAGGAGUAGGGGGGCCCAAGGGGGAGGAGCCAACGGCCCCCAACGCCGAUCUGGAAGCCGGCAAGAGUCUGCCCAUGAUCUACGGAGACCCCCCAUCAGAGCUGCUCAACACGCCUCUGGAGGACCUGGACCCCUUCUACCAAGCACAGCACACAUUCAUCGUGAUCACUAAAGGAAACACAAUCUUCAGGUUCAACGCUGAGCCGGCCUGCCACAUUCUGAGCCCCUUUAGUUUGGUUAGAAGAGGAGCCAUCAAAAUUCUCAUACAUUCAUUAUUUAGCAUGUUUAUCAUGAUUACCAUUCUAUCGAAUUGUGUAUUCAUGACGAUGAGCAACCCACCGGCAUGGAGUAAAACCGUAGAGUAUGUUUUUACUGGUAUCUACACCUUCGAGGCAACAGUCAAAGUGCUGUCCCGAGGUUUCUGUUUAGGAUCAUUUACAUUCCUUCGAGAUCCGUGGAAUUGGCUGGAUUUCAUGGUGAUCAGCAUGGCAUACGCCACUGAGUUCGUUGACCUAGGCAACAUGUCUGCCCUCAGGACAUUUCGUGUACUUCGAGCCCUCAAAACAAUUACUGUGAUUCCUGGUUUGAAAACCAUUGUGGCGGCUCUGAUCCAGUCGGUGAAGAAAAUGGUGGACGUGAUGAUUCUGACCGUCUUCGCGCUGGCCGUCUUCGCCCUCGUCGGCCUUCAACUCUUCAUGGGAAACCUGCGUCAGAAAUGUGUGCGAUGGCCCCUCCAGACAAACUCCACCGCCUUUGAGACCUUGAACUCCACCGCCACAUUUAACGCCACCACAUAUUCCAACGGCACCUUCGAUUUCAACGACUAUAUUGAAAACAUAGAGAAUCACUAUUAUGUGGAAGGCAGCCUGGACGCUCUCCUUUGUGGAAACAGCUCUGACGCUGGAAAGUGCCCGGAGGGAUACACGUGCAUGAAGGCUGGGAGGAACCCCAACUAUGGCUACACCAGUUUUGACUCUUUUGGCUGGGCCUUCCUGGCCCUCUUCAGACUCAUGACCCAGGACUACUGGGAGAACCUUUUCCAGCUGGUCCUGCGGGCGGCCGGUAAGACGUACAUGCUGUUCUUUGUGGUUAUCAUCUUUCUGGGCUCCUUCUACCUCAUCAAUCUGAUCCUGGCUGUGGUGGCCAUGGCGUAUGAAGAACAGAAUCAGGCCACUCAGCGAGAGGCCGUGGAGAAAGAGGAGGAGUUCCAGCAGCUACUGGAGCAACUCAAGAACCAGGAAGAGGCUAAAGCUCUUGGGAGCCGGGCCACUCUAACCAGUAAGGAAUCGCUGAGUCGUCACACCAUUUCUGAGUUGACAGAGGAUGAGCAGAGCCUUGAACGUGACGAAAUCAUCAAGGAUUGCAACGGGAGAAUUAUUCCUCGUCUGUUAGUCAGAGUGCCCACCAUGGUCCAGUCGGCCGAAGUUUACGAACUGAGAGAGAAGUCUUUAGGCUCCGUGCACAGCAUGCAUCAUCUGGAGGAACCGGGUCUGACUCGGAGGACCGCGAGUGCUCUGACGGUGCUCACCGUGGCUGCUUUGGAAGAGUUGGAGGAGGCUCAGAGGCCGUGCCCACCCGCCUGGUACAAGUUUGCUGACACGUUCCUGAAGUGGGACUGCCACCCGCAAUGGGUGCGCUGCAAAAAGUGGGUGCUCUUUGUGGUGAUGGACCCCUUUGUUGACUUGGGCAUCACCAUCUGCAUCGUGCUCAACACCCUCUUCAUGGCCAUGGAGCAUUACCCCAUGACCGAGGAGUUUGACCACAUGCUCUCCGUGGGGAAUCUGGUCUUCACUGGGAUAUUCACAGCCGAGAUGUUCUUCAAGCUGAUCGCCAUGGAUCCCUACUACUACUUUCAAGUCGGCUGGAACAUUUUCGACAGCAUCAUCGUUACCCUCAGUCUGGUGGAGCUGGGGCUGGCAAACGUCCAGGGCCUGUCCGUCCUCAGGUCCUUCCGUCUGCUCCGUGUCUUCAAACUGGCAAAGUCCUGGCCCACGCUCAACAUGCUGAUCAAGAUUAUCGGCAACUCGGUGGGAGCUUUGGGAAACCUGACGUUGGUGCUGGCCAUCAUCGUCUUCAUCUUCGCCGUGGUGGGUAUGCAGCUCUUUGGCAAGAACUACAAGGAGUGCGUGUGCAAGAUCUCCUCGGACUGCGAGCUGCCGCGCUGGCACAUGAACGACUUCUUCCACUCGUUCCUCAUCGUUUUCCGCAUCCUGUGUGGGGAGUGGAUCGAGACCAUGUGGGACUGCAUGGAGGUGGCCGGGACUGGGAUGUGCUUGGUUGUCUUCAUGAUGGUCAUGGUCAUUGGAAAUCUCGUGGUGUUGAACCUUUUUCUGGCCUUGCUGCUCAGCUCGUUCAGCGGGGACAACCUCUCCACCGGGGACGAAGACGGGGAGAUGAACAAUCUCCAGAUCGCCAUCGGCAGGAUCACGCGAGGCGUCGAGUGGUUCAAAGCGUUUGUCGUUCGAACCGUCCUUCGGAUUCUGGGCAAAAAGCGCAAUGAGGCAGGGGAGGACGAGACGCGUGACGAGGACCCUAAAAUGGAGACAUUGGAAAUGAACCACAUGGACGCCGGUCAGAGUUUCAAAAUGUCCGAUGGGAUACAUAAUUGUUUAGUUGAUGGCCGGCCGUCUGGAUUCAUUGUGGACGAAAAGGUCAGCAUCGACGUGCCGAUCGCUCAUGCCGAGUCAGACUUUGAAAACCUGAGCGAGGACGACGAUGGUACUGAUGACUCAGAGGUAUCAGACGAGGACAAGUAUCAGGGAAACUUAGAAGAUGAAAGUGGCAUGCAGCGAAAUGUCAAACUGAUGGGUGCUUUGAAUGAUGGGGAUUCUUCAGUGUGUAGCACGGUGGACUACCAGCCACCCGAGCCCGAACCAGAGGAAGAGGAGGAAGAGGAGCCGGAUCCCGUGGAGCCGGAGGCCUGCUUCACCGACGAGUGUGUGAGGCGCUGGCCGUGUCUGUCGGUGGACAUCACCCAGGGUAAAGGCAAGAAAUGGUGGAACCUCCGCAGGGCUUGCUUCACGAUUGUGGAGCACGACUGGUUUGAAACCUUCAUCGUCUUCAUGAUCCUGCUCAGCAGCGGAGCUCUGGCCUUUGAGGAUAUAUACAUAGAGAAACGCCGAACAAUCAAAAUCAUUUUGGAGUUCGCUGACAAAGUGUUCACCUACGUCUUCAUCAUCGAGAUGCUCCUUAAGUGGGUGGCAUACGGCUUCAAGACCUACUUCACAAACGCUUGGUGCUGGUUAGACUUUUUCAUUGUAGAUAUUUCCCUGAUUAGUUUGGCUGCCAACUGGAUGGGAUACUCCGACCUCGGACCCAUCAAGUCCCUCAGGACUCUCAGGGCACUGAGGCCCCUUCGUGCGCUGUCGAGAUUUGAAGGGAUGAGGGUGGUGGUGAACGCUCUGGUCGGAGCGAUUCCCUCCAUCUUCAACGUGCUGCUGGUGUGCCUCAUCUUCUGGCUCAUCUUCAGCAUCAUGGGAGUUAACCUGUUUGCCGGGAAGUUCUACCGCUGCGUCAACACCACCACUGGGGAGCUGUUCCCCAUGACGCAGGUCAACAACAGGAGCGACUGCAUGGCCGUCAAGGAGGCCACGCGGGACGCCCGCUGGGUCAACGUCAAGGUCAACUAUGACAACGUGGGACAAGGUUACCUGUCCCUGCUUCAAGUGUCGACCUUCAAAGGCUGGAUGAACAUCAUGUAUGCCGCCGUCGACUCAAGAGAGGUAGAGGAGCAGCCUUCUUAUGAGAUCAACCUCUACAUGUACAUUUACUUUGUCAUCUUCAUCAUCUUCGGCUCUUUCUUCACACUCAACCUCUUCAUUGGUGUCAUUAUUGACAACUUUAACCAGCAAAAGAAGAAGUUUGGAGACAAAGACCUCUUCAUGACCGAGGAGCAAAAAAAGUACUACGAAGCCAUGAAGAAACUUGGAUCCAAGAAGCCACAGAAGCCAAUUCCACGUCCAACGAACCUGAUCCAGGGGCUGGUGUUUGAUUUCAUCAGUCAGCAGUUCUUUGACAUCUUCAUCAUGGUGCUCAUCUGCCUCAACAUGGUGACCAUGAUGGUGGAGACGGACAACCAGAGUGCGGAGAAGGACGAUUUCCUCUUCAAAGUAAACGUGGCGUUCAUCGUGGUGUUCACCGGCGAGUGCACUCUGAAGCUCUUUGCCCUGCGACAAUACUUCUUCACCAACGGGUGGAACGUUUUUGACUUUGUCGUGGUCAUCUUGUCCAUAGCUGGUACGAUGCUCUCAGACAUAAUCGAGAAGUACUUUGUGUCACCAACUUUGUUCAGAGUGAUCCGACUGGCCAGAAUAGGCAGGAUCCUGCGUCUCAUCAAAGGAGCGAAGGGCAUUCGGACGCUUCUCUUCGCUCUGAUGAUGUCACUUCCCGCUCUAUUCAACAUUGGCCUCCUGCUCUUCCUCAUCAUGUUCAUCUUCUCCAUAUUCGGCAUGUCGAACUUUGCCUACGUCAAAAAGGAGGCCGGAAUCGACGACGUCUUUAACUUCGAGACGUUCGGCGGCAGCAUCAUCUGCCUGUUUGAGAUCACCACCUCCGCCGGCUGGGACGGGCUCCUACUCCCGAUGCUGAACAAGGAGUUUCCGGACUGCGACCCGGACAUCGAGAACCCGGGCACGGGAGUGAAGGGUAACUGCGGCAACCCGCUCAUGAGCAUGACCUUCUUCUGCGGCUACAUCAUUGUCUCCUUCCUGGUGGUGGUCAACAUGUACAUCGCCAUCAUCUUGGAGAACUUCAACGCGGCGCAGGAGGAGAGCGGCGACGCGCUCUGCGAGGACGACUUCGAGAUGUUCAACGAGACGUGGGAGAAGUUCGACCUGGACGCGACCAUGUUCAUCGAGUACGGCCGGCUCUCGGAUUUCUGCGACGCCUUGCAGCAGCCGCUGAGGGUGGCGAAGCCCAACCGCCUCCGCUUGAUCGAAAUGGAUCUGCCCCUGGUCAUCGGCGACCGGAUCCACUGCCUGGACGUCCUGCUGGCCGUCACGCAGAUGGUCCUGGGAGACACGGUGGAGAUGGCGGCGAUGCGCGAGAGCAUCCAGGCCAAGUUCAUCCUCAGCAACCCCACCUCGGACUCGUUCGCGCCGAUCACCACCACGGUGCGCCACAAGGAGGAGCAGGCGGCCGCCGCCGUCGUCCAGAGGGCCUUCCGCAGGCACCUCCUGAGGCGCUGCGUGCGCCACGCCGCCCUCAUGCACCGCCGCAAGACGGCGGGCGGGAAGGAAGGAGGCGACGACCAACCGGACGAGGACGACUUGCUAGCGCGGAGGAUGCGAGUGCUCUAUGGGAGUGACACGGGAGCCCCGGGCGGGCCGGACGACCACGAGACAAAUGUGGCGGGCGUUCCCGUGGAGAUGAGCGGUGAGGUGUUGUUACAUUCUGCCCCCGACCCUCACCUGUGCACCCUACACGCAUAUCUGAGGGAGACAAUGGUGUAAGAAGCAGAAGGCGACUGUCACGUUGUUGUUGUUUUUUUUCCACCGGUCAAGGAGUGUGUCGCCCACAUUAAAGAGUCACUGCUUAUGAAUGUUGAAACUGUAUUUUGACAAACUGAACAAAUAAUUCCUGUCUUUUUUUUCAUGCGAUAUUCAAGUCGUUCUGGGAGUUUGAGGUUGAAGCUGCAGUUCAUGUAUUUCCUUGGAUAAUAAUCAUAAAGAUAUCGACAUGCAUAACCACUGUUAAUGCUAAAAGAGAACUACUGAAAAAAUGUUCACAUAUUAAAAAAUAACAUCAUAGCAAAUGUUAAAAUAGCUUUAUAGUAAAACAUUUUAAGAUAAAUCACCUUGUAUGUCUGAAAAUAGUAUUUUUUAUAUGAGCAGAAAUUUAAUUCACACUGCGGUUGAAGUCCUCUUUUAGGCCUACAAUACAUUUGUACGGUUAUUAUUACCACUAAACAAAAUCAUGGGUCACAGUUUUUAACCAAAGAGUAACUUGAACAACACCUGGCCAGGAGUCCACUCAAAAUUAAGCGACAGAUCCUAUUCACGUUUACAUUAAGUCUGAUUUAAGUGAAAUUAUUUUAAUGAGACACUAAAACGUUUUCAGUGGUGGAGUUAUUUUUGUACAAGGCUCCUCAUCACAUUCAUCCCUGCCAGUGAAACCCUGCUCUCUGUCCUUCUUUAUUAGUUAACAAGAACGCCAGCCAGCGAGUGCGGUUAGCGUCUGAAGGCCCAGUUUAUAUUGCACUAUUUAUACCCCUCCCAGGUCGGGUCAGAGCAAAGCGAGAGACCUUCCUGUUUUCUGAUUUCACCACUGAUCUAUGCAUGUCUUUUAAAUUGUUUUGUCUCCUCUGUUUUUCACCUUGGCUAGAUGUGAAAACUCUAAGCGAGCAGUAACAGGUUCUACAUUUCAGGAUUUAGAACUGACUUUAAACUUAAGAUGUGGAGUUUACAUUAACAGAAAUAUAUUUGUCUACUUGAUAACAAGUCUAGCAAUAAUCUACAUACCUCCAGUGAAUUUUUAGUUCUACCUCUGAUUGCAUUAAUUCAAUUAUAUUGAAACAUUUAGAAGACAUAAGUCUGUCCUUGCGUGGACAAGAUCACUUGCUCCUGUUUUAAGUCUUAACAGAAUUUAAAACGUCUUACUCCGAAUAGACUCACAUGAACAACAAAGGCACUUUCACAGUUUUCUUUUCUUUUUUUUGAUUUUUAAUAAACAAAAGAAGGUUGUUUAUGCGUUCCGAAGAGUUUUAACAGCAACCCGACAAAACCGACUCUGGAUGUUGGCGUCUCUUUGUCUUACCCGGCUGCCUGAUGUGAUGUCUUGUCUUCUGUCAUGUGAGAUCGAUUUUAAGGUCUCCUCUGAUGCUCCAACUCACAAGAUGGUCUCCUCCUUUUGUUUACAUUUCUAAUGGAGGGAGAACUUAACCGGUACACCCACAGCCCGUGCUGCUUGUAUAUACACCUUUCUGUUCUUUCUUUCUUUUCUCUAUUGAGUAUUUAUAUCAUUUUGUUAUUGUAAAAAAAAGUAUAUUGUGGGAAUAAAACAUUACUAUUGGAAUAAAAGUAGGCUGCGAGUUGUGA